AUGUUUAAAAGAAAACAGAGUCACACUUUCUUAAACUUUUUUAAAAAAUUUUUUUUUUCUGAAUUUAUAAAUAAAGAGAAUGAUAAAAUAACAGGAAAUGUAGUAAAAUUUGAUAAAAGAAAAGGAUAUGGUUUUAUAAAACCCAAUGAUGGAGGGCCUGAUGUUUUUGUUCAUUACUCUGAUAUUUGUCACAAUAGAAGUUAUGCUAUUACAAGUAAAGAAAAAAACAAAUUAACAUGGAAUUCAAACAUGAAUUUAAGGAAUAACAAAGAUGAUUUAAAUUUUGAAAAUGAUUAUAAAAAAGAGCAGGAAAUUAAAAAGGAAUUUAAAUACUUAAUACCAGGUGAAAGAGUCAAAUUUUCAGUAAUAUAUGAUGAAAAAAGUCAUUCUAGUAAAGCAAUAAACGUUGAAUAUCUUGAUUAA